CCGGAAACUAAUAGGUAGAAUGCAUUGCUACAAGGCUUACUGUGUUCCCCUUACAAAGAAGUAUUAAGGUGGCUCGUUAUGGUGCUAUCUUAGCCUUGCGCCAAUAGGAAAUGAGCACGUACUUGUAAACGAUCAGCCCUUUGUUUAAUUGAACACAAGCUUCAUGGCGUCGACCGUGUGGGCGCCGACACAGGAGGGGGUUCAUAAGCUGGUCAGCCUACUCACUUUAUACCAACAACCAGGGACUAAUCAGAGCCAGAUAUUUCAACAACUUGAAGCAUGUAGAGCGUAUCCAGACUUCAACAACUACCUUGCGUUUAUCUUUGCGACUGGAGAACAGCUGUCGGUGGAGGUACGCCAAAGCGCGGGGCUUUUGCUAAAGAACAACCUCAGCAAGCAUUACAAGGAUAUCCCUGCGGAGUUUAAGGCGUACAUAAAGGGCGCCCUUCUACCGCUGCUGGGCCAUGCCAGUCGCGAGCUGCGGCACACCGCCGGCACCAUCGCCUCCGUCAUCGUGGGGCAGGGCAGCCUGGAGGAGUGGCCGGAGCUAGCAGCAGCCCUGCCGCGCUGCCUGCAGGCGGAGGACCCCAAUGUGCUGGAUGGCGCGCAGGACACCUUGUAUAAGAUCCUGGAGGACCACCCGAGGCAAAUAGAGACCCCGGUGGCCAGCGCGGGUGGCCGGCCCGCCAGCAGCCUGGUGGUGCCGCCGCUGCUGCGGCUGAUGCAGUCGGCCGCGGAGGACGUACGGCGGCUGGCGGUGGCGUGCCUCAACCUCAUGGCGCCGCACAUGCCCAGCGGGCUGCAGGAAAACGUGGACAGCUACCUGCAGGGCCUGUUCGCGCUGGCCAACGACGGCUCCAACCGCGUGCGCCAGGAGGUGGUGGGCGGGCUGGUGGUGGCGGUGUCCACCUGCUCCGAGCGGCUGGCGCCCUUCCUGCCGCAGCUGGUGGAGUACAUGAUCGGCGCCAACGAGCAUUCCGACGGGGCGGUGGCGCUGGCGGCCGCGGAGUUCUGGACGGCCUACCUGGAGCUGCAGCUGGACCCGGAGCUGCUGCGGCCCGUGCUGCAGCGGCUCAUACCCGUGCUGCUGAAGAACAUGGUGUUUGGUGAGUACGAUGACGAGGUGUCGGAGGCGGAGGCGGCGGAGGGGGCGGCCACGCAGGCGGAGGACCGCGACCAGGACCUCAAGCCCUUCACGCAGCACCGGGCGAGAGAGCACGGCUCCGCUGCGGACAGCGGCGAGGGCAGCGAGGGCGCCGGGGAGGAGGGCAGCGGCGACGACGACGAGGAGGUGUUCAGCGCCUGGAACCUGCGCAAGUGCAGCGCGGAGGCGCUGGACGUGCUGUCCAACAGCUACGGAGACGACCUGCUGCCCGUGCUGCUGCCCAUCGUGCAGCAGAGACUGCAGGACGGCAACUGGCGUGCGCGCGAGUCCGCCAUCCUGGCCCUGGGCGCAGUGAGCCACGGCUGCCACAACGGGUUGCAGCCCUUCAUGGAGGGCAUGGUGCACAUGCUGCUGCCAGCGCUGCGGGACCCGCGACCCAUGGUUCGCAUCAUCACCUGCUGGACGCUGGGGCGCUACUGCCACUGGCUGUUUGAGGACGUGGUGGCUCGCGGACCCGUGGGUCGGCCGCUGCUGGACCAGGUGGUGGGCGGCGUGCUGGGCGCCAUGGGCGACAACAACAAGUUCGUGCAGGCGGCGGCGGUGAGCGCGCUGGCGGUGAUUGUGGAGUCGGCGGAGGCGCACAACAACCCCGAGCAGCUGCUGGAGCCGUACACCAAGGCCAUACUCGAGUCGCUGGCUGCAGCCCUGUCCCGCUACACGCGACGUGGAGUGGCCGUCACGUACGACGCGCUCACAUGUACGGCUCGGGUGCUGGGGCCGCGGAUAGCCGACCCCGCGCUCGCCACCAUCAUCCUUGCGCCCCUAACGCGGAAAUUCACAACGGCCAAGAUAUCGGAUAAGGACCUUCUUGCCGCGAUGGAGUGCCUAGCCAACGUGACGCCCCACACCGGCCGCGCAGUGGAGCUCUACGCAAAGGCGUUGUACGACAGAGCCAUCCUGCUGACCGCAGUCUACAUGCAGGCGGGGCUGCGCAGCCGAGCCAGCGGUGGCGCCGGCGCUGCAGCAGCAGCCGCCGCCGCCGCGGCCGGGGCUCCCGGCAGCUUGGCGGCCAUCAUGGGCGCCUGGCCGGGCAUGAACGGCAGCAGCGAGGUGGAGUACGACCCCACAUUUAUCGUACUGGCGUUGGACGUUAUCAGCGGCCUGGUGCAGGGCCUGGGCGCCAGCAUUGAGUCGCUGGUGGCGGCCAGCCCGCUGGUGCCGCUGCUGAUGCAGUGCUGCCAAGACGAGUCUCCGGACGUCCUGCAGAGCGCCUUUGCGCUGAUCGGCGACCUGGCCGCCGCCUGCGUGGCGCACCUGCUGCCGGUGCUGGAGGCGCUGGUGGGCUGCUCGCUGGCGCUGCUGGAGCUGCCCCGCAUCACGGACGCCAGCCUCUCCGCCGCCAACAACGCCUGCUGGUCGCUGGGGGAGGUGGUGAUCAAGGUGGACGCGGAACGCGUUGCGCCGCAUGCGGAGGCGAUUGCACACCGCAUGACCUCCAUCCUGUCCUACCCGGGCCGCAUGCCGCCCUCCCUCAUGGAGAACUGCUCCAUCACGCUGGGCCGCGUGGGUUGGCGCUGCGCCGAGCAGCUGGCGCAGUACCUGGCGCACUUUGUGGGGCCGUGGUGCGGGCAGCUGCGCAACAUCCGGGACGGCACGGAGAAGGAGCAUGCGUUCCUGGGGCUGUGCAGGCUUGUCCGCCUAAACCCGGAGGCGGCGCUGCCCGCGUUCCCCAUGAUGUGCAUGGCCUUCGCUUCCUGGCGGCGAGUGGGCUGCGAGGGGCUGCGCAAUGAGAUGGCCGGUAUCCUGCAGCUGUUCCACGCCAACCUGUCGGCCUCCGGUCGGUGGCAACAGGUGUACUCAGGAGUGAGCGAGCCUGUGCGCGGGAAGCUGGGUCAGAUGUUUGGGCUAGGGUUUUAGUUUUAUUGCCUUGAGUGGUAUGGCUGUCAGCGUUACAGACAAUACUUGACUUGUAGGGCCCUUUUGAGCAGUAGGGCAUACGGAACAACAUGAGUGUUCAUUGUAGUUAGGUGUGUGUUCAUCGUGUGGCAGGUUGAUGGGAGUAGAUGGGUAGAAGCCAUGGGAUGUCGCACGCGUCGGGGCCGGAGUUUGCCAGUAACCAGCUUUGGGCAUGUUGCGUCGAGUAUCACUGACAACGCGUUGGUGGCUAGUUUGCAUGGUACUGAACGUGCAUGCGUAGGCCGACAUCUCUCUGCCAGGAUAGUCCAUGCCAAAUGAGUUGUCUUUGAGAUGGGAAUAUCAAAGACACAGGCAAAGGUUGGCCGCCGGUUGCAAGGCCGGGUGUUGCAGGUCUCACAACCUUCUGAGGCUACAUGGUUGUGUUGGAGAUUAUGUGUUCGCGCCAGCGCAUAGGUUAGAUGGAUAUGGGCAUGUAGAUGGCGAUAUCGGCAUUG